CGCGAGGCGCUGGGUGGCUGGGGCGUCGCCCGCCAUCUUGAAGUCGGGGACGGCGUGGGUCAACGUGUGCGAGGGUGGGACGUGCCCCGGAAGGGGAAGCGCCGGGUCUGGAGCUGCCACUUGGCCUGCGAGGCAGCGGCGGGGGCGGUGGGUGAGGGCGCUGCGGUGCGCGCCGGUCCCGCGGGUUCCCCGCGCCUUCCCCCACGGACGCGGCCCCGUCAGGCCGCCCCUCCGCGAGGAGCCGCUUCGGCGCCCGCCGUUCCUCGCCCGCCUCUGGGGAAGGUCCCGCUGCCUCAGGGACCGGAGGGAAAGCAGCGAAAUGGAUGACUUCCGCUCCAUCUGCCUGCUGUCGCUGGCCAUGCUGGUCGCCUGCUAUGUGGCAGGAAUUAUCCCCUUGGCAGUUAAUUUUUCCGAGGAGAGAUUAAAGUUGGUGACUGUUCUGGGCGCUGGGCUGCUGUGUGGAACUGCCUUGGCUGUCAUUGUGCCAGAAGGAGUACAUGCACUUUAUGAAGACAUUUUGGAGGGGAAGCAUCACCCAGCGAGCGAGAUGCAGCGUGUGAUUGAGUCUGAGAAGGCAGCGGAAAUCCCAGCUGUCCAUGAGUAUGGUCAUGACCAUUCCAGGUUGCACGCCUACAUCGGUGUGUCCCUUGUCCUUGGCUUUGUCUUCAUGCUGUUGGUGGAUCAGAUCGGCAGCUCUCAUGUGCACUCUACAGAUGAUCCAGAAGCUGCAAGAUCAGGCAACUCCAAAAUCACCACAACACUGGGACUGGUAGUCCAUGCUGCAGCUGAUGGUGUUGCAUUGGGUGCAGCAGCUUCUACUUCUCAGACUAGUGUCCAGUUGAUAGUGUUUGUUGCGAUUAUGUUGCACAAGGCACCAGCUGCCUUUGGCCUGGUUUCCUUCCUCAUGCACGCUGGGCUGGAACGGAAUCGAAUUAGGAAACACUUGCUGGUCUUUGCGUUGGCAGCACCUAUUAUGUCCAUGGUGACAUACUUAGGGCUGAGCAAGAGCAGCAAAGAAGCCCUCUCAGAAGUCAAUGCCACCGGAGUUGCUAUGCUGUUUUCUGCUGGGACUUUUCUUUAUGUUGCCACAGUUCACGUCCUCCCAGAAGUAGGAGGAAUUGCUCAUAGCCACAAACCUGAAUCAACUGGAGGAAAAGGACUCAGUCGUCUGGAGGUGGCAGCCCUAGUAAUAGGGUGCCUUAUUCCUCUUGUUUUGUCCAUUGGACACCAUCACUAAACGCUCAAAUUUCACGGUUCUCCUCCUUGAUCUGACAUGAGCAGUAAAUGUCAGCUGCUCCCUUUAUCAUUGUCUCUUACUCAUCAUCCAUCCCAUCCACUUUAUGGAGUUCAGAGGGAACAUUGAUUGCAAAAUGAGGAAUACUGGUAAAGUUUUUAGUGUAGCAACAUGUACUUUGGCAGCCGGACAUAAACUCUGUAUAACUUUCUUUUCUGAAGACAUUUGCUAUUUUAAUUGUUACUUCUGGCCCUAUUCUCAGGGAAGAUGGAAUUUGGAGUUUAAGAAAGGUGAGCGGGGAAGAACCUAGCGACUCGUCAUGGAAUUGCGAUCACCAAAGUAUCCAGCAAUUCAACUUCCAUAGCUGAGAGCAAAGACAAAGGAUGGCUGCCUCGUGAGAGGCUGAAGUCUUACUAAUGAAGAAGGGGGCUCUCCCCCAAUCAGUUCUGUGUUGUCCUGACAGUGCGACUCGUCCUUGUAAUGUUUGUCACUAAUUGUAUUGAAAAACAGUCUACACUUGGAAUUCUGGACAACACUGCUCUUGUCACAGAAGUGUCACUGAUAGGAAAGAGGUGAGGUAGACAAAAUGUAGGAUUAGAGCAGGAAAUCAGCUGGUUAAGAAAGUGCAAAUGAGUUUUGCAUUGUCUUCUGUUGUUUAAGACAAAGGAUAGAGGCAAAGAGAAUGUUGUUUUGAUUGUUGGUAUGCAGUUGUUAAUACAUUUUGAAAAGGCAGUAUUUCCUGGGAGUUGGUCUUCAGCCGAGUCAAUGAAACACAGGCACCAAAAAUUUUAGCAGAAAUUAAGGAUUGGGUACUGUGAUUAUACUACUGCUACUGUUGAGAGAGAGAUCCAUAGUGUCCUUCAAAAACGAGCAGUUCUGGGCUCUGAGGAGUAGAAAUCUGAUGGAGAAAGCUGCACCAGAGAACUUCGCUAGCUCAUUUCCAGAAGUGAACUGCUGAAAUUGGUGGUGGUGUGGUUUUGGGUUUUUUUCAUUAAUUGAAAGUUAUUAAGGCUAACAAAACUGAUGUUUAGUUAAAUAUAUGCUGUAGAUAGAGUACAAGGUGUUUCUAAAGCAGUUCUAAACAAAAAAAAAAAACCCAACAAACACAAAACCAAACUGGUUAGACAUUUUGCUUUUCCUUUGGGAAUUGUGUAUUCGCCUGUUACUGAUAAGUGUUCGUUUUGGUGAAUCUGUGGGAGGACUCACUGCCAAGUGCUGAUGUCUCUCAUUGCAGAAGGGUGAUUCAAGAUCCCUCCCUUUCCGAGGAACAGCCUUUUCCUGUCAGGCACCAUUUCUCUUAUGCAAAACAUACUCUGAUAACUGUAGUGCAUUGAAAAGUCAGGAAUGUUUGAUGUGAACAGACUGAACGUGAAAUUCUUUCUUUAGGGGAAAACUUUUUAAUGCCGUACCCUACCCUUUUUAAGCUAUACUCUGUCUGCACUUUUAAAAUAUGAUAUUGCCAAAUAUAUUUUUCUUUUGAUUUUUUUUUGGUUUGGAUUUUUAUGGCUUGAAAUAUCUUCUUAACUGAAGUGCUUCUUGUUUCUAUUUGAAUGAGUGUGUUCUGUUUUUCAUGACAUUUGUUACUUAUACUACACAGGCGAUUGUGCCUCUUAACUUCUUCACAUAUUUGUCAUUGUCCUGUUUGUCUACUAGUUUACCAAUGAAUAUGGCCUGGCUAUUGGGCUGGUGAUUGCUUUGUCUGUUGGCUUUGUAACAAUACAGGUGUAUCCCAAGACUGAACCUAGUCUUGAUCCCCAGGAGCAUUUGUUCAUGUGUGUGUUUUACUGUAUAAUAGGCGAAUUAAAAUAAAUCAGUGCAAAAUUAUUAGAAAUCGUCUUUUCCCACAAGGUAGUAUUUUCACAUGUAGUUAGUGUUUCAGGCAUAAACAAGCAUUUUUGACAUUAGACCUUCAAAAGUUAGUUCUGUUCUGAAAAGCCACUGCAAAAUUAGUGGCAUGGAUGAGGCUCUCUCCUGCACAUUGUUAAACUUUUUUUUUUUACAACAUACAUAUGCAACUACUAAGUUACCUGUUUAAAACAUUCAGUGAUACAGGUUGCUGAGAGAUAAGAAUGAUACACAGAGAUGUUUACACCAGAGCUCCCAGUGUUCUUCCUGAUUGCCUCCUAAUUACAUUCUUCUUUGAUAAUUUCACUGCUUUACCUUGCUUAAUCUUUCCACAUAAAUGAAUUGUUACCCAAAACUCGAGAGUUUGUGGGGUCUGCAGCAGAAGCAGGAGAUUGCUUAAUGCAGCAUCAGAUUGGUUACGUUUUGUAAAACAGUUGGGUUUUUUCUUUAAAUUGUCACCUGCAGUUGCUUGUCCACCCUACCUCCCCAGGUCAGCUGGAUUCUGGACUGCGUUCUGCCGCAGCCUCAUGAGUGUAACAACUGCAGCAGUUUAGGGAGGCAUCGAGGUCAGGUCCUGGUUCGCCCAUUGUAUUCCAGUGUUGGGGCGUGUGGAUCGUACCUUCUCAUAUGGAUGGUUGUGCAUUGAUGAGGAGGUGGCAACCAGCCUUGUCACUGCUGACAGAACCUCUGCUGAGAGGUCUUCUUGUCUUUCCUUUCUCCUGUCCCUCAGAUCAUGUUUGCAUUACCAGAAAUGGUAAUACUUAGCUUAUUGGUGCAGGAACUAUAGAUGCCAAGUUACAGCAGCAGGUGAGGGACUUUAAAUAAAAACAUUGGCAGCCUAAAAUUGGCACCAAAAUUCUGAUAACAUCUACUUGUCAUUUUGGCACUUGCUUAAGUGAUAGAGGACUUCUGUGUUUUGGUUUGUUAUUUUUGUUGUUUUGUUUUUGUUUUCUCCUCUACCUAUUUAUAAGUAAUGACAGCAUUUUCUUUUGGCUGCCUCUGUUAUAUCUGUGUUGAACUAUUAUUUUCAAUUCUGUAGCUGAACCUGCAGUAACUAAGAAAGCUUUUGGUUAUGUGAGAAGGAGAAUAUAGUUAUUUUCUUGAGGGAGAAUAUUUUAGUGAGCUAAAUAAAAUGGUCCAUUUUAUAAUAUCUCCUUUUUUUAACCUAUCUUCCCAUCUGUCACAGUAAAUCCAAGCACUGCAUGUAGUCAGGGCCAUCUGGUAUCAUGUUCUACUCCUCAGGGGACCUUGGUGCAAACAAAUUCCUCUUGCUCUCUCUGUAACAGGCAUCUCUGCCUCUGUUCUCCUGUGAGGUAGGUGGCAGCAGGUCUAGUAGGUAAUUAACCAAGUGCCAGGCACGUCCCACUUUCCUUCUGUAAACCCCUCUAGGGGAUCCAUAAUCUUCUCAUCGCUGCUUUUUCAGUUAAUGAUUUCUUAAUUGGCAAUAGGAAUUGGACUAGGCCCAUUUCCGUUGAUCCCAGUGCGUUCAGGUACUUUCCCUACUGUUUAAUUCUUUUAUUGUUCCUUAUAUAAAGAAGGGAAAUAUUUCUUUUUCAGCACCUGAUGUUAGCUGUGGAAGCUGCACUGACCUUAACUUGAGGAGGGCAGAGCUGUCCCACCAAGAUAGGAAUGUUUGAUAGCUAUGGCAUGUCAGAUGGCCGGGUGUUAAACAGAGAAACUCACUGUUGACUUCAGUCCUCCUGGAAAUGGUUCUGUGUCUGAAAGGAUCAUGUUAUCCAAGAGACCCAGGAAAACUGCUGUGCUUAUUCAGGAACUAGUUCAGAGUCUUCAAGAAACUUUUGACAGUAGCAGAUGUGUCUGUGUGAUAUCAGCUUUAUGCAGAACAAGAGAGAUGCUGUGGGGUAAAUGCUGCUGCUGCUCCCUUCCCGGCCUGGGAAGAAGAGGAGGUCAGUGUCUUUGUGUUCUUUUGGGGGUGAAAGGAGGAAGAGUGGUUGUGCGAUGGGGAGAAAGUUUAUGAUGUAUUUCAGAUUCUUCAUGAUGAAUUUCAGAUUCCUGUUCACCUUGAUCUUCUUUUAAAAAUAAAAGAAAUAUAUUUUUUUUUCUUACUGUCCUUUUAUUACAUCUCUUAGCAGCCUUGGCUUUCCAAGGAAAAACAUUGCGUGGUCAUUUCUGUUUACCUGCCUCUCAUGUAUGGAACUGUAAUUUCGUCUCUUUUCCAAACCAUUUGUACACAAAAUCAUUCCAUGAAUGGCUGCCUUUAUAAUUUUUCCACUUAAAUUGUGAAUGGUUAAAAUAAUGUUGCUGUUUUCAAUUUUGUUUUAUUAUAUUAAAUUUUUACUAGGUGCA